CUUCACUUGCCAGUUGAUUGCUGCACAAAAUUUCCUUCCUAAAAGAGGACUGGUAAACCGCGCAGCGCAUAAGCUUCGACGGAAUAAGUCCCCCUUCAAUGUGUAUCAGUGGAAUAUUCCUUUAUGUAAAUAUGAUUAACGGACUGUGCCAUUAUUUCAAGUUAAGUGUGAUGUCCUCCUAAUCUGGCCAAAACCGUCUUAAAUCGCAUUCAGUGCUUCCUAUGUGCUCCUAAACCUACGUGUCAUAUUCAGUACGAGGUAAACUGGUCUAGGAAACAAACUGACCAUCCCUGUGCCUUCGCACUAUGGUUUAAUCCUACCGGAAGUGAGCUGUCUUUUGAAGAGAACAGUUCCUGUUUUGGGGGUGUUGGUGACAGCAACAGCUGGGCAAGAGAGAAGUGGGUCGCUGCCAUCCCACAGGUAGCAAGAUGCGGACAGCGGUGAUGACCGGUGCCAGUCUGGCCCUCACAGCUGCCGUGGUGGCCCAUGCUUAUUUCUUGAAAAAUCAGUUCUACCCCACUGUGGUGUACCUGACCAAAUCAAGCCCCAGUAUGGCAGUCCUUUAUAUUCAAGCAUUUGUCUUGGUUUUUCUUCUGGGAAAGUUUAUGGGCAAAGUUUUCUUUGGGCAACUAAGAGCUGCUGAGAUGGAGCAUCUUCUGGAACGUUCCUGGUACGCUGUGACAGAAACAUGCCUGGCAUUCACUGUGUUCCGUGAUGAUUUCAGUCCACGCUUUGUGGCUCUCUUUACCCUUUUGCUGUUCCUAAAGUGUUUUCACUGGCUGGCUGAGGAUCGUGUUGAUUUUAUGGAACGCAGUCCAAAUAUUUCCUGGCUUUUUCACUUCCGUAUACUAGCUCUUAUGUUACUCUUGGGUGUGCUGGAUGCUUUCUUUGUUUCACAUGCCUAUCACAGCCUUGUUACCAGAGGGGCAUCUGUACAGCUCGUCUUUGGGUUUGAGUAUGCCAUUCUUAUGACUAUGAUCCUCACUGUGUUUAUAAAAUACGUCCUUCACUCUGUGGACCUUCAAAGUGAAAAUCCAUGGGACAACAAAGCCGUCUACAUGUUAUAUACAGAACUUCUCACAGGUUUUAUAAAAGUCUUGCUGUACAUGGCUUUUAUGACAAUUAUGGUUAAAGUCCAUACAUUUCCUCUCUUCGCAAUCCGGCCUAUGUACUUGGCAAUGAGGCAGUUUAAGAAAGCUGUGACAGAUGCUAUAAUGUCAAGAAGAGCAAUAAGAAAUAUGAACACUCUGUAUCCUGAUGCAACAACGGAGGAGCUUCAAGCGAUGGACAAUGUGUGUAUCAUCUGCAGAGAGGAGAUGGUUACAGGAGCAAAGCGACUACCAUGCAAUCACAUAUUUCACACCAGCUGCUUGCGCUCUUGGUUCCAGAGACAGCAGACUUGCCCUACUUGUCGCAUGGAUGUGCUAAGAGCUUCUCUCCCAACUCAGCCUCAGACCCCUGCAGACCAGCAGAAUCAGCAUCAGAAUCAGGCUCCACAACAACAAACUCCUGUUAUUCCUCCACAGCCUAACUUUCCUCCUGGUAUCCUACCUCCUUUCCCUCCUGGUAUGUUUCCUCUGUGGCCUCCUAUGGGACCAUUCCCGCCUGUUCCUGGUGCCCCUGGUGGCAAUCCCCCUGAUGAAGCUAACCCAGGACCAUCCACUGCAGGUCCUUCGCCAAGACCUGGUGAAACAUCUAAUGUUGGUUCAGAUUCACAGCCUAGUGCAACUCUGCCAGGGUUUCCUUUCCCACCUCCUUUUUUAGGAAUGCCAAUCCUGCCUCCAUUCGGUCUACCACCUAUGCCUAUGCCCCCUGCUGGAUUUACUGGCUUGACUGAUGAGGAGUUAAGAGCAAUGGAAGGACAUGAGAGACAAAACCUGGAAGCCCGGCUGCAAUGUCUCCAGAAUAUCCAUACUUUGCUUGAUGCAGCAAUGUUACAGAUUAACCAGUACCUAACAGUCCUGGCCAGCAUAGGUCCCCCUCAACCACCUGUUCCCUCUACAUCAGCUGCAUCAGCUUCUACAGAGCCUACUACCUCCAAUGUUUCAGAGCCAGUUAUCCCCAAGGACACCGCCGCCGCCGCCACUGUGACCAGUACAGAACCUUCCCAGCAAUCAGCUCCUCCAGCUCCAUCAAAUGUUGAGACUGUCAGUGGAGAGGAGGUAGAGGAGACCACAACAGAAGAACCAGACACUGUAGAACUAAGAAGGCGUAGACUUCAGAAACUGGAAACGGGAACAACAGAAUCUCAAUAAAAGACUAGACAAUCUUCAAUAUUUCCAAAGUCUUGUCUCUGACACUGAAUGACCAGGGAAUUUAUGCAUUCUGAAGAUAAUACUUUGCUUCAUGCGGACUCAGCAGCCAGCUUGGCAAACGUUGAGAUGAACUUCUUUAAAUAUAUAUAUUUUUUAAGAAUACAGAAGGGGUCAAAUGGCAGAUGCUCACUGAUGGAAGGACUGCUGGCCUCAGUAUCCCGUGGGGGACUCAUUUCAGUAAAAUUAAAGAAUAAGCUUUUCUGUGUCUUAUUUUAAGAGCCUUUUCUCUCUCUCCCUCUCUCUACUAUUUAACAUGUUGCAAAGUUUUUUAGGGAAAUGUUAUGCACCAUCCUUUAGGUUAAUAGGCUUACUCUCAGGUAGAAGGAAUGUGUCCUGCCUGCAUUCUUUACCUACGUUCAUUUUCCAUGUUCUCAUACAAGGGAAACAUAAUUUUAGGUUAACAGAAAUUUUAUACAAAACAGGUAUUAAAGAGAUGUUGCUGCUUUAUUAUAUACAGUUAAACUUUGUUCCAGCAAUUUACAUUCUCCUGGAUUUUAUGCUGUUUUUUUUUUUUCUUCCACCACAGCAAACCUCAAUUUUAUGUUUCUGCGAAUUACAGUUUCACUGGUUUUAUGCUGUUUUUUCGCAGGCUUCUUCAAAAACUGUAAAAUCAAGGUUCAACCGCCUAUGCUAAGCUGUGUAACAUUAUACGCAGGUUCAUGUUCUUUUAAUAAUAUUAAAACCAUCAAGUCAGCAUGA